AUGAUAAUUGCUUUAUAUGGUCAAGCAGAUGGCAAAACAUUUCACUGGAACCUUAAUUUACCGAGUCCAUAUCCAGAUCUGAAGAGUUUUUAUUCUUUGAGACACCGCUUGAAGAUUCAUACUCGAUAUUCGGAUCUAUUCCGGCUGGACGCAAGGCUCGGAGCCCGACUGUCCUCAGCUGUCACGGGGGGGAGGAGAAGUGAGCGCUGGCAUUGGCUUUGGGCGUGGAUUUGCUCCAGCCGCCGCGCCGCGUCCCGCCGCCAGCUCACCUCUGCCGGAGAACUAGGCACUCACCGGCCGGCUUGCCCCUGCUCACAGGUCGCCCUCCGGCCCCAGUCCUCAAGCACAGGUCGCCGGAACCAUCCAGUGGGAUGGCCGCCGCCUCCUCAAGGACCGCUGCCUGAAGGCCAGGGCCCAGGGACCCUGGCCGCCUCGGUAGCCCGCAGCUCCCGGGGCGCUGUAGCAGCGGCCGGCAGGCGCCGGGGCCCGCUCCCCCUCCCCGCCCCCAGCUCCCGCCUCCAGCCCGCUGCGAGGUGCGCCCGCUCGCUCCAGCCGGCUGGCGCAGCAACGCACACACUCACUCCGAGGGCGCCUCCAAGGUUACCCGCGGGGUGGGGGCUGGGGCAGGCUUCGGCCACUGGCCUUCUCCGUUGCUUUCCUAUUGCCGCGGCCCUUCCGCCGCUCCUGGGCGACCGAGAUCCAAACCCCGAAGCAGAAAAGGCUCCAAAGUCCGGGGAGGAAAGUCGAGCUGGGAGGCAGACAGACGUCCGGGCGGGGGGCGGCCUUGGUUGGCUCUGGGCGCCCGGAGAGCCGGGUCAGGCGAGGUCGCGGCAAGAGGGGGCUGUGGCUCCGGCUGGCGCGCUCUGGGCCACGCAGCCUGGGCCGGGGGCAGCGCGCAGGGGCUGCAGGCAGCACCAAGGCGCCCGAGACGCCCCGGGCCCGAUGGGGGGUAGAGACAAGCGGGCGGCCAAACCUGCCGAGGAAACGAACUAAAUAAAAGGAGACUGUUAUUUAAGGCGCGGAAAUUUGAAAUAUUUGGACAGGAAGAGAAAAGAAAAAGAAACCUUAGCGAGGGAGGGAAAAGAAAAAAAAAAAAAAAAGCACAACGCGAGCUAACGGUUUUGAAACUCCCCCACCCCCACGCCGGGCUUUUCUGCGCGCCCUGAGGGAGCUCUGGGCUCAGCUUCCUCACUGGGGAGCCGGAGCUGCCGUUGGCGUCUGGAGUGUUUCGAAGGGACAGAAAGGAUGUCUUCGCAGCCCCAGCGUAGAUGGCUUGGCUUAAGCUGACAAUGGGCAAAGCUUUAUUUCGGGUCUCAGGCUGCAAGAUUGUCUCCUGCCUCUCUGAAUCGCUACUUCUGAAGCCUGUUUUUCAACUAUUAAACUUAACUUUGAGAAAAGGGGAAGAUCG